CCUUGGGCUUACCAAGGGGGCGGCAUAUAUCUAUUAGAAAUAAAUAUCCAUACAAUGAAGGGUCCGGGUUGUUGUUUGUUCAUUUCUCUUCUUCUUCUAUCUUCUUUUUUACUUUUUUCUUCGGCUCUUUCUGAUGCCAAAGUUUAUUCCAUCACCCACCGCCAGCUCCUGACCCUUCAUGAGAACGGUGAUUUGCUCGAUGAUUAUGAAUCCACAAUCCAAGUCAACGAAACUUUCUCCAGCCCCAGACUUCGGCGAGCAUACAUUGCCCUCCAAGCCUGGAAGAUGGCUAUUUAUUCGGACCCAUUAAACACCACCGCCAGUUGGAUCGGCGCCGAUGUCUGUUCCUACACCGGCGUCUUCUGCGCCCCUGCCCUUGACGACCCCAAACUCGAAGUCGUCGCUGGCAUUGAUCUUAACCACGCCGACAUUGCUGGCUACCUACCCGUCGAGCUCGGUUUGUUGACCGACAUCGCUCUGUUCCACAUCAAUAGCAACCGAUUCUGCGGCAUCAUUCCCACAAGCUUUUGGAGACUCACCCUCCUGUACGAGUUCGACAUUAGCAACAAUCGAUUCGUCGGCCACUUCCCGGAAGUCGUUGUGAGGAUCCCCAAUCUCAAGUACCUCGAUCUAAGGUUCAACGAUUUCGAAGGAGAAUUGCCCUCAUCGCUUUUCACCAAGGAAUUGGACGCCAUUUUUCUCAACAACAACAGAUUCACCUCCAACAUCCCGGAGAAUUUCGGCGACUCGCCAGCAUCGGUGAUUGUAAUUGCCAACAACAAUUUCACGGGAUGCAUUCCAAGCAGCAUUGGGAAAAUGGGGAACACGUUGAAAGAAUUCGUGAUGUUGAACAAUGGACUUGCGGGCUGUAUUCCAGGGGAGAUUGGGUUGCUUGGAAAUGCCACAGUUGUGGAUGUUUCAUACAACAAAUUGAGUGGGAUCUUGCCCAAGAGCUUUGAUGGGUUGAAGGGAGUGGAGGCGUUGGAUAUUUCUGGGAAUUCGUUGACUGGGUUUGUGGCGGAGGGCGUUUGUAACUUGCCCAA